AUGGUCGUUGAAGGGGGCUCAGCUGCAGCCAAGCAAUGUUUUGUUGAGCUGGCUAAGGCUGACACUAGUGGAGAUUAUGAUAAGGCACUGAAAACUGCGAAUAAAAUACUGAGAAAUUUUCCGAAAGAAACGUUGGCUUUCAAAUGUAAAUUGGUGGCACAGAUUCAGCUGGGUAUGUUUCAAGAUGCACUCGCUUUGAUCAAGAAAACACCACCGCAGCACAUGGGGUAUGGCUAA